AUGCUACCACCACGAAAUGCCAUCGGUCGAAUACCGACCCACACUCGACUGUUUCUUCGAACGAAUGGCCCCAAUAUCUGCCUCCGAUCCUUCACAAACCGCACACCACUUCUCCUCUCCCCACCACCCGGCCGGCCUCAAUUACCAUUCCUAACACCGCUAGCCCCAUCUCGACCGCUGCCGCCACUCUCCAUUCACCUGCGCAAGCAUUUUGGCCGACUCAUCUCUACCGAAAGUCGCGAGGGUUAUAAGCGCCGCUUCGGCCGGGGCCUAAAACUUAGCCUUUCAUUCGGCGCAAUCUUGAUCCUGUUCUCUAUCAUCCAACUCGGCGUCUAUCAAGAAGAUAUCGAGCACCAAUGGCCCACACCACCGGAAUGGUCCUGGAAAAGCCGCUGGUCGCUGCGCUCUGCACAAGCGCUCCAGCAUCCUGAUUACAUUGGCAAGUUGAUGACCAAUUGGCCCAUGGUAGCCGGAUACAUGUCGGAAUUACUGGAGCGGCUUGAGGAUGUGGAAGGUGAAGGCAAGGGGAUUGUUGAACAAUAUGAGGGUGGUCUCCUUGUCGAAGGUGUUGGUCGCACAGGUCUAGAUGUAUCGGCCAAAAGUGAGCCCUGGCGACGGGGAUAUUUCCAGGCUCUUAUGGGUGCUGCAAAAGCGGCCGAAAACCUGGAUGGCUGGGUGACGGAUCGCAAGCAGAAGAUUUCUGCACCGGCGGAGUAUGUCAUUGGACCGUCCAAUCCCAGACCUAAGCCCAUGCCUGCUGGCCAAAAGAAGGAGAUUCAUGAGGAGGACUGUGAGCCUGCAUCACCUCCGCCCGAAACCUUUUACAUGAAGGUUCUUACGACAAACGGAUUCGACACAAGACAGAAGCUUGACGCUGCACUUGCCUAUGCCGAUUGGUUGGACUUCAAGGGUCUGCCGGAUACGGCAGGCGAUAUGUAUACUUGGGCCAUGGAUAUUGCUACGGGUGGAUACGAAGGCGACGCCAGCAAGAUCGUGGAUGUCAAAACCGGCGUGCUUAAAAGCAGUGCUUCUGGUCUGCCAUCUGAGAACAUUCUGCGAGUGUCAACUGCACUAGCUGUUCACAAUGCUCGCCACCAUAACCUCCCUGCCGCGCUCUCCAUCUUCACAUCCAUCCUUAAGGCGCGUCGUGCCCUUCCUCUCUCAUCCGACUCCUUCUCCCAAGCUUCUCUCCCUGCACUCCCCACAAGAUCCUCCAGCGACCCCUUUUCCGCUCUUUUCAAAACCCUGAAAACCGUUUUCAUCCCCGUCGAAUAUCCACCGCCUCUCUCAUCAGGUGAUGUCCCACCUCACCAAACAGCGAGCUCCCCCUGUGAUGAAGCUGGCCUCAUGACAUAUAUUGGGGAAAUCAUCUACGCCUCCUCGUCCCAUGAUCAGGGCCUCGCUUGGACGCGUGAUGCAGUCGAGAUGGCCGAGUCGACGAUGCUGAGUCUGAGCUCUGACGAAAAGGCUGCGCGUGCACAAUGCGCGCAAUGUCUGAAGGUCGGACUUGAGAAUUGGAAGACCAUGGUAUCGGCACUUGUUAGGCGUUCCCAGAAGGAAGAAAGGGAAAGUCUUGAACGAGCUCCGAAAGCCUGGUAUGGCGGUGCGCGUGAUGCUAAGAAGAAGGCUGAGGUGUCAAGGAGAUGGAAGGCUGAGGAGGCCGUCCUUGAGGAUCGAAUCCGGAAGAUUUUCCCGCUGCUUGUUGGGGAAUCUGAUCUGGAUUCGUUGUCGCCAAACAGUUCUUUGUUUUUGUAA